UCCCUGAGGUACCCUCGGCUCCCCGGAGAUUUCUGGUAGGGCCGACUGUCUCCUGAAUUGCUGACGCCGCUGCCGCGGUCCGAGUGGGGCUGGACCUUGCCAACGUUCCAGAUAGUCACGGGGUGGGAAGGGAGUGAAGUUCCCAGCUUAUGGGCAUGACACUGCAGAAUCUUUGGUCCUCUCUCCUCCUCUCACAAAUGGAGAAAAUUGGAGCCACCACAGAUUGUAAUGGCCGCCCCUGGAGAAGGCAACCAGCCCAGUGAUGAAGGGACACCCCAGCCAGUGGUCCAGCCGCAGCAGCCCGAGUCCCGGGUGGCCCGCAGACGCCUGUCCCAGGCCCGCCAUCGAGCCACCCUGGCAGGGCUCUUCAACAACCUUAGGAAGACAGUGUACUCCCAGUCUGACCUCACAGCCUCAAAGUGGCAGGUGCUGAAUAAGACGAAGAUUCAUAUUCAGGAACUGGAACAAACCUUGGACAAUUUGCUGAAGCUCAAAGGAUCCUUCAACCUAGAAGAUGGGAAUGCCAGCAGCUUAGAGGAGGUCAAGGAAGAAUAUGCCAAGAUGUACUCUGACAAUGACAGUGUGCUCCUAACCAGUUUCCCUCAGAACAGCUCCCUGCCAUGGUGUCCCCCCCAGGCUGUUGGGCAGGGACCUGUAGAAGGAGAAAAUGGUGAAGAGAGAGAGGAGGAGAGGGACCAGGAAGAGAAGGAAGAAGAGGAAGAGGAGAGAAAAGCCGAUCUCUCACAUUCCUCUGCCACUCUGUUGCCAGACCUCCUGGAAUUUGAACGGUACCUCAACUUUUACAAGCAGACGAUGGACCUCCUGACCAUGAACAGCAUCAUCUCCCCACAGGAAGCGACACUUCCCAUUGUCUCCGCGGCCAUCUCCCACCUGUGGCAGACCCUCUCUGAGGAGAAAAAGGCCAGUCUCCUGCAGGUGUGGGAACAACAGAACAGCAGCUUCUCAGACCUCACCCAGGCCUGCCUAGAGCUGGCCUGUGUGGAGGGCAGCGUGAAGGACAGUGGGGUGGACAGCCAAGGGGCCAGCUGCUCACUGGAGUCCACCCCAGAAGAGAUCCUUUUUGAAGAUGCUUUCGAUGUGGCAAGUUUCCUGGACAAGAGUGAGGCCCAGCACAUGUCUAACAUCAGCUCUGUGUUUCCCAACUGCAGCUCAGAAAAUACAGAGGAGAAAUUUCAGCUCUACAUACAGAUCGUUGACUUUUUAAAAGGCCUUUGCUGUGUUAACACUCCAUUGAACCAGGAGCCAGAGCCUCCAGUGGAUGAUGACAUGCUACUGCUGAGGUGCCUGGAGACCUUCGAUGAUGAAGAUCUGUGAUGCAGAUGGCCGGGCAGGAAGCGAUUAAAUGGGAGGGGGUUCAAGUUUGAAUGCUAGUAGCUAGGGUUACACCUUGUUGUCUUUCAAGCCUCUGAGAAAGGCUGUUUCCAGAAGCCUUUCUGAUGUUCUUAGUUUUUGGUUACUAUAAAGUGUUAAGAGAAGCAUGCCCUUGCGAUGGUUUUUGGGGCUUGUUGAAUAUAAGGGACUGGUCUGUUGCAGGACACACAUUCACCAUGUCCCUGCGAAGGGUAGAUGGAGAGAUACCAUGUGUAGCCAAGGCCCCAUCUGUGAGCU